AUGUCGAAGAGAAUCCUUUGUAAGUUCUUUGCUCACGGUGCAUGCUUGAAAGGGGACAACUGUGAAUUUUCACAUGACUGGAAAGAUCCUACAAAUAAUAUUUGCACCUACUACCAGAGAGGAGUCUGCUCUUAUGGAAGCCGAUGCAGGUACGAACAUGUCAAAGCCUCUCGGCCUCAACCAUCAGCUUCAUCUUCCUCGGGUGUGCCUCGGCCAUCUCCUACUUUAGCUUCCAACCUUCUCGCUUGUGCUCCUGUUACUGAUGUGAGCCCAGUUCCCUCAUCAUGUUCAAAACCAGCGUGGAGUUUGGAUUCUCUUCACCAGGAUUCCGUAGACGAGGUCGACACCUUUGUCCCUGGUACAGCCAAGCCAGAAGAACAACCCAUUUGCUCUUUUGCUGCAGCUGGUGACUGCCCACGUGGUGAUGAAUGUCCUCACAUCCAUGGAGAUAUCUGCCCGACUUGUGGGAAACGUUGCUUGCAUCCUUUCAGACCUGAGGAGAGAGAGGAGCACAAGAAAGUGUGUGAGAAAAAGCACAACCAGCUUGAAGCAUUGAAACGUAGCCAGGAGAUCGAGUGUUGCGUCUGUUUGGAACGUGUCUUGUCCAAGGCAACUCCAGCUGAACGGAAGUUCGGGGUACUCACCGAAUGUGAUCAUGCUUUCUGCAUUGGAUGUAUCAGGAAUUGGCGUAGCAGUUCGCCUUCCACUGGAAUGGAUGUCAACAGCACACUGAGGGCUUGCCCCAUAUGCCGCAAGUUGUCAUAUUUUGUUGUUCCUAGUGUAAUCUGGUUUUCGGCUCCAGAAGAGAAAAAGGAAAUUAUCGACAACUACAGGGACAAACUCAGGUCAAUCGAUUGUAAGCACUUCAAUUUUGGAGAUGGGAAUUGUCCGUUCGGGACAAGCUGUUUCUACAAGCACACUGUGAAGCCAGGGUCAUAUGCAUGGAAAUACCACAUGCCACCUCCACGGCGUCCACGUCCACGUCCCUCUGGAUCUAACUUGUCAGACGUGGACUCGCUUGUUAAUAUGAUGGGGAACAUACUUUCGGAAGGCGAGUAUGGUUCUAUUGGAUUUGAAGAUUCAGAUGACGAUGAACUGACUUCAACGGAUAUGAUGAUGUUGCUGAUGCACAUGGAUCAUGCUUAUCAUGAUGGUCGUCUGGAGGAAGUGGUUUUGCGGCAUCUGGAUGCAGAAGAUGGCCAGACUGUGAUAGCAAAAGAGAUAAGGUUAUCUGACUUCCUUGAGGACAUGCACAUAUGA